CCGGGUAUCAUAGGGUGUUCGGCACUGCUGACACUUGUACCCUGGGGUGCUUACAAUAGAAAAAUCGUAAGACACAAAAUGAAACCGACAACGAUAUAGCCCCAAGAAAUCGGCUAAUGGUUCACCGCUCUUGUUAUUGUUAUUAGCUUUCCCUCCUUGACUUUUCGCUGUCCCGAACAUGCCUGCACCUUCGUUGCCGACUGCAAGAGUCAUACAGGUCGAUACCAGGGGAGCGAUUAUACUUGAAGAAGAGUCGCCUGAAACCAGAGACAGUAGAGGCAUUUACUUUCCCAAUCAUAUAGAGCCAGUAUCCCAUGUUGCAGUAGACGUCGGAGGCUCUUUGGCAAAAGUUGUUUAUUUCACAAGGUCACCAGAACCACCAGCUUCGCCUUCUAUUGCGGCUACCAGGGGAUCUUCUAGUACACCUGAACCGUUUACUCCCCGAUCUAAUUCUCCUUCGGCCGAAUUACCGACUUCGUCUUCCCCAUCCAGUUCCAACAUUAGGCAUAAUGGUGCUCUUACACCCCUUGUGUUGGAUUCGCAGAAUUACGCCGAAGGAUUCACGCUCAGUACCGAGAUGCUCCGAGAUACAAUGUUGCGUCGAACUUCGCAACACUUUCCAGGAGGCUCUUUGAACUUUGAGCGCUUCGAGACGGAUAAUAUCCACGAAUGCGUGGAGUUUAUACAAUCUCUUAUCGAGCGUUCAGCGAAGGUGAAUGAUGUGUCUAUUGAAGACAUGCGGAAGAGCGUGAAAAUCAUGGCUACUGGCGGUGGAGCACACAAAUUCUACGAGUUGUUCAAGGACACGCUGUGCGUGGAAGUAAGGCGGGAGGAUGAGAUGGAAUGUUUAAUCGAGGGUUUGAAGUUUAUCACACUUAUACCAGACGAGGCAUACUACUUUUCGGACGAACUCAUUCAGUCCGUCUCGCAUCCUCUGCCAUCCGCUUCGGCUCAACCCAGUCUUCUUCCUCCAACUGGGUCUAACGGUAUUCUGGAAAGACCAUUGGAAAGACCAGGUCCAAACCCGCCCAAGUUUGCCGUCACUUUCGAAAGCAAUCCUACGUUCCAGCUACCCUGCUUGCUCGUCAAUAUUGGCUCAGGUGUGUCCAUUAUCAAGGUUGAUGAAGAUGGGCAGUUUGAGCGGGUCAGUGGAACAAGUCUCGGGGGAGGAACUCUUUGGGGGUUACUCAGUCUUCUUACCCCAGCUACUUCUUUUGACGAGAUGUUGAAAUUGUCUGAGCAAGGUGAUAACGCGACUGUUGAUAUGCUGGUCGGCGAUAUCUACGGGCAGGACUAUAGUAAACUGGGUCUCAAAUCCACGAUGAUUGCCAGUUCAUUCGGUAAGGUGUUCAAGAAGGGUAAAGGAAAGGGCACCUUUUCGCCGGAAGACAUCAGCAAGAGUUUACUCUAUGCAGUCUCGAACAACAUUGGUCAGAUUGCUUAUAUGAAUGCGGAAAAGUACAACUUGGAAAGGAUAUACUUUGGAGGAUGUUUCAUCCGAGGACAUGCUGCAACAAUCACGACCUUAUCCUACGCCAUUCGAUUUUGGAGCAAAGGGACAAAACGUGCAUUAUUUCUGCGCCAUGAAGGCUUCCUAGGGUCAAUAGGUGCAUGGAUCAAGAAUAUUGGACCCGAGUCCUCCUGAACCUGUCCUGAACUAGCAUAAACAUCAUCAUUACUACUCAAACGGUUGGAGGUAAUUUCUUAAUACAAUUUAACGCCUAGUUUUUCAGAUCGAAGCUUUAUUAUACAUCUAGUCUAACAGCGUUUACAAUGUUGAUCACUUUAUCUGUGUACAUGUACUAUAACAGUAGACCACAGUAUUCCCGAAACUUGAAGGCAUGGUUGCAUCCGGCGCUAAUUCCACAGCUUCCAGAAUCCACAGGCGUGAUUGAAUUGAAGAGGGAUUUAUCCGAUGCUCAUUCUUGACAUGGUGUCACUGAGGGACGAGUAUGUCCUGAUUUAGAUUGAACAUGACAGCUGUAUCGUAGGCUGUAAUGACUUUUGUCUGGAGAUAUGGACUGCCAUAGACAUUAACGAGGGAGAGAAAUGCAAAAAUUCUAAAAUGGAC